CUCCAAGCAAUAAAAACAAAAUUAAUAAUGACCAUUCACUUACUACAUAUAUAAAUAAUAAUUUUAGUAUUUUACAAAAAUUUCUUGGACCAACCACAUCGUCUUUCUCUCUAUAACUCUCCAAAAGGGAGCCGCCACAUCCAGCUAGUCUUUUAUCACAAUUUGACAUAAAAACUUCUUCCGCCUUCUCUUAUCUUCACUCACAAGAGAAGAAACAAAUCAGAAUCUUUUUAUUUCAGAUCGAGUCAAAAGCUCAAAACUCCAAAAAGAAAGAUUGAAGAGAGAAACGCAUCGUGGGUCUGAGCAACAAGACAAAUCUUGAAGGUAAGUGAUCAAGUUUUCUGGUUUCCUCUGUUUCCCAAGCAUACUUCAAAGAUGGCUCGUCUGUUACUUGAGCCGCAAGCAAACGCACCGGCCGAAGCAAACCCUAAAGCCAGAACAGGCUUUAACGACACCUACUUCGACACUAAUAUGGUCAUUAUUUUAGCCGCUCUGCUCUGCGCUCUGAUAUGUGCUCUAAGCCUCAACUCCGCCUUGCGAUGUGUGCUACGCAUCACAAGCAGAUUCACACCGGAUCAAGACGCAGCCGCUUCAAACGCAAACGUAAACGCAAAUACUGGACGUUUAGCGGCUACCACGGGGCUCAAGAAACGGGCGUUGAAACAAAUCCCCGUGGGGUUGUACGGAUCAGGGAUCAUUAACAUGAAAGCUACAGAGUGUUUGAUCUGUCUCGGGGAUUUCGUGGAAGGAGAGAAAGUUAGGGUUUUGCCAAAAUGUAACCAUGGCUUUCACGUGAGGUGCAUCGACACUUGGUUGCUUUCACGUGACUCUUGUCCUACUUGCAGACAAUCUCUUGCCCUUGAGCAACCGUCGCCAAUUGGUUGUAGUUCUCGCCGGGAUGAUGACGUGGCAGUUUCUGUCGUAGGGUCAUAACUUGAUGGUUAUUUAUAAACUUUGCUGUGUCUCAGGUGUGAUUGGUUGGUUACGUAAUAUUGUUUCUUAUUUUACUAGGUCUAAGUUGAUGUGAUUGUUUGCACAUGUAUAUUCUUGUGCGUUGGUGAUUUUUGUUUGAUUGGUUUGGAACUUUGAUUUUUUCUUUUUUGAAAAUUCGUAAAUUUGGAACUUGAAUUGUAACAGAAUGUAUUUUUUUUGUUUUCC